CUCCACUUAUUCUGCUUCCUUUGCAUUUCCUCUGCAGCCAGGGCUGUACAGCAUGGCACAGCACAGCAAAACCACUAUGCUGCAGGGCCUGCUCCUUUUCAGCCUUCUGCACCCCAUCUUGAGCCAUGACGAAGUUUUCCUGGAAAAGGGGCAGGCACUGUCACUGCUCAAGCGUCCACGACGUGCCAACAAGGGAUUUCUGGAAGAGAUGAUUAAAGGAAACCUGGAGCGAGAGUGCCUGGAGGAGACAUGCAAUUACGAGGAGGCCUUUGAAGCCCUUGAAUCCACUGUUGACACGGAUGCAUUUUGGACAAAAUACCAAGGUAGGUUGUUUCAAGUUCCUCAGUAACUCUUCCUGGAGAAAUGGCUCCGUACCCUCUUACGACAGCUCACUCUCCAGGAAAAAGUGCUUGUGUUUUGUCUCUAAAUGAUGAACUGGUUCAAACCAUGGUGCUUAUUUAGAUUCUCUCAUAUAACAUGCUUCUUUCUUCUUGUUUUACAAGUAUGUCAGGGCAUAAAAAUGCCUAGGACAACUCUGGAUGCUUGUCUAGAAGGCAACUGUGCUGUUAAUCUGGGCCAGAACUACCGGGGGACAAUUAACUACACCAAAUCAGGCAUCGAAUGUCAAGUGUGGACAAGCAAAUAUCCACAUAUACCUAAAUUUAAUGCAUCCAAUUAUCCUGACCUCACUGAGAACUACUGCAGGAACCCAGACAACAACUCAAAAGGUCCAUGGUGCUACACACGAGACCCAACAGUGGAACGGGAGGAGUGCCCCAUUCCAGUAUGUGGUCAAGAAAGGACAACAGUCGAAUUCACUCCUCGGGUCACACCAUCAACCACAGCACAGCCUUGUGAAUCAGAGAAAGGCAUGCUUUAUACAGGGACGCUUUCGGUCACUGUGUCUGGGGCUACGUGCCUGCCAUGGGCCUCAGAGAAGGCCAAAGUAGUGCUCCAAGGCAAAACCAUUAAUCCAGAGGUGAAGCUUCUGGAGAACUACUGUCGGAACCCUGAUGCAGAUGAUGAGGGUGUCUGGUGUGUAAUAGAUGAACCACCAUACUUUGAAUACUGUGACCUGCAUUACUGCGACAGCUCGCUAGAGGAUGAGAAUGAACAGCUGGAGGAAAUAUCAGGACGUACUGUCUUUCAGGAGUUCAAAACCUUCUUUGAUGAAAAAACUUUUGGUGAAGGUGAAGCAGACUGUGGCACUCGCCCUUUAUUCGAAAAGAAACAGAUAACAGACCAAAGUGAGAAGGAGCUGAUGGACUCCUACAUGGGAGGCAGAGUUGUACAUGGGAAUGAUGCAGAAGUUGGAAGUUCCCCCUGGCAGGUGAUGCUCUACAAAAAGAGUCCUCAAGAGCUGCUGUGUGGUGCCAGCCUCAUCAGUAACAGCUGGGUCUUGACUGCUGCUCAUUGCCUUCUUUAUCCACCCUGGGAGAAGAACUUGACCACAAAUGACAUUUUGGUGCGGAUUGGCAAGCAUUUCAGGGCAAAAUAUGAAAAGAAUAAAGAGAAAAUUGUUCUGUUGGAUAAAAUCAUCAUCCAUCCCAAGUACAACUGGAAAGAGAACAUGGACCGAGAUAUUGCACUCCUGCACCUGAAGCGACCGGUCAUCUUCAGCGACUACAUCCAUCCUGUCUGCCUGCCGACCAAGGAGCUUGUGCAGAGGUUGAUGCUGGCAGGAUUCAAAGGGCGGGUAACUGGCUGGGGAAAUCUGAAAGAAACGUGGGCCACUACCCCAGAAAACCUGCCAACAGUUCUGCAACAGCUCAAUCUACCUAUUGUAGACCAGAACACCUGCAAGGCAUCCACCAGGGUUAAAGUCACUGACAAUAUGUUCUGCGCUGGUUACAGUCCUGAAGACUCAAAGAGAGGAGAUGCUUGUGAAGGGGACAGUGGGGGGCCUUUUGUGAUGAAGAACCCAGAUGACAACCGUUGGUAUCAAGUGGGAAUAGUUUCAUGGGGAGAAGGCUGUGACCGAGAUGGCAAAUAUGGAUUUUAUACUCACGUAUUCCGCCUGAAAAAAUGGAUGCGAAAAACCAUCGAAAAACAAGGAUAGAAGAGCUCCCCUUGCUUGUUCUCAGUUCUGCUACAAUAUUCCACUUCUUAAAAACAUACACAUUGAAAAAUCUUGAAGUAGGAGGUAAAUCCCUGCCACUUGACAAAGGAACGUGUUCUUCCCUGAAAAUAAAAGUUCUCAACUAUC